UGCUGGGCAGCUAGCGCUCUCCUCUUGCCUCUCCCAUUGCCCUAGCUACGAUCUAGGUGCUGAUCGAUGGACGCCGACGACUGGGGUCUCGGGGCGGUCGUGAGGAGCUGCGGCGGCACUGUCGUCUCCGGCUACGAAGCGGAGUCUCCUCGCCGAGAAGCCGUGCGUGCGCGGGAUGAUCCGGCCGAGUUCGUGCGGCGACCGGCGAGGGCGGCGUCCACGCCGUCGUCCCUGUACGACGUGCUGGAGUACCUUGACCUGGAGCACGAGCAGCUGCACCAGAGGGCGCCGUUUUCUAUCACGCCUUCGUCCGGCAGUGACCGCGCGCCGGAUCAUCACGAGGUGCUCAUCUCCUUCCCUGCAGCCGCUGCCUCGACGUCUGGGCAGGCGCUGCCGGUGAAGAAGCAGGCCGGACGGAAGCCGGGAGGUGCUGGAGCCGUCCGGCGGCCGAAGAGAGGCAAGAGCAAGAAAAGCCAGAUGAAGAAGGUGGUGCGCGAGGUGCCGAUGGCCGAGGGCGGCGUCAACGGUCCCGACGACCAGUGGGCGUGGCGCAAGUACGGCCAGAAGCCCAUCAAGGGCUCCCCCUACCCUCGAGGGUACUACAAGUGCAGCAGCAUGAAGUCCUGCACGGCGCGGAAGCUGGUGGAGCGCAGCACGGCCAAGCCCGGCGUGCUCCUCGUCACCUACAUCGCCGACCACUGCCACGCCGUGCCCACCACCAUAAGCGCGCUCGCUGGCACCACGCGCAACCCGCCCCAGUCGCCCGCGUCCGACGACACGGCACUGAACCGCGGGGACGACAGCGCCGACGUGUCGUCGUCCGCGGCUGGGGCAGACGACGAGUCCGAGCUCUGGUCGCCCGUGGACAUGGACGAUUUCUUCGCCUCCUUUGAUGACGAGUUUGAUAAUUUCUUCGAGGACGACGCCCUCGGGCGACGGGUCUCGCUGUAGCUAGCUCUAUCGAUCUAUUAGCACUACUAGAAUCAGGAGCUCGAAGUUUUUGUUGCAGGAAUGAUGUUCAUGCGUUGCAAAGAGAGGCUCUCACACAAAUGUCUUUGAAGCAAGUAAACGAACAGAAAAUAU